AUGCUCCACCCAAGAUCGCGCAAGAUCCAAAAGAAUGGUGCCGAUCAACCAUGCAUCUUUGUCCAUGCCGGUGCUGGUUAUCACAGCUUGCAGAACGAAAGAAUCCACCUCCAGGCCUGCAACGAGUACGUCAACCCUGUACCUAUGCUCAAUCUCCCGCUAAUUCGAGCAGUNGCUGCGAAGGCAGCCAUGGUAGUUCUACGUACUGGUGGGACUGCUCUUGACGCCAUCGAGAUUGCUGUCAAGGUUUUGGAAGAUCGUGAGAUAACCAAUGCUGGCUAUGGAAGCAAUCUUGCAGUAGAUGGAGUUGUCGAGUGUGAUGCUACCAUUGUCGAUCAUUUUGGUCGUAGUGGAGCUGUGGGAGCCGUCUCACGUUCGUCCUUCCAACAUAUCAACACCUCUCAACACCGAGCUGACACUACACANGAAAUAAAGAACCCAAUCUCAUUGGCUCGCACACUCCUGGACCGCAGCACGCAGUUACUCACUUUACGUCGGGUUCCUCCAAACCUGCUGGUUGGCCAAGGAGCCAUCGAGUUUGCUGCAAGCGUGGACAUGCCAAUCCUACCCUAUGAUGCCCUGGUCUCUCCUGCUGCAAAAGAACGUUGGCUGAAGUGGAAGAACGACCUCAAUGCUGUGGAGAAAAACAGAAGAAGCUCUGCGCCUCAAUCAUCCAGCUCACUUACAGCGCUAGCACCGAAGCACCUGUUGAGCAUUGACCCAGAAGACCGUGUGCGGGAACAGAUGCGUAGAGCACACACACGUGCUCUUGAAGCUGGAGUCUGGAACGAAGCACAACCCAUUACGCCACUCCCAUCAUCAGAUUCUCUUAAUCUGCCAGGUCAGAUACCGAGAGCCCAAGCCAACGGCUUACAAGCACCUACUCCUACCAGAGUCCCGACUAGGUAUCCCGCAGAGCCACUGUUGGUCUAUUCUGACCCCUACGGUCCCCCAGGACCCCGUCCAGUCUACAGCAGCUCUCCUUUGGCCACCAAUGGCCGGAGAGUCAACGACGGUCACUACUCAGGUAACUACUUUGCAGAGCACUUCUCGUCAACCGACACAAUGCACAUGGACGACUACCAGAACUUUUCUGGUCUAUACAGCUCGCGGUAUAGUGAUCGCCAUGACGGUUCUUCGGGCGGUUCAGCACAGGAGUCUGGCUCCACAUCAUCUGAGUCUUUGCAGUUGCCGUCAAUCACACCAAGUCCAGAACUCCAACCCACUCUGACAGAUUUACCCAUUCUGGGAGGCGCUGGAAACCAAUCACAUUCGCAAAACGAGCAAGCCACAGAGCCAUUAUCGUCCGAGCCAUCGGAUUCAAUCCUAUUUCCACCUCCUGCGCCACGUACAGACGAGGAAGAUCACAUUACGGAUACUGUUGGAGCCAUCGCUAUCGACAGCUAUGGAAACAUCGCUUGUGGUGCGUCAUCUGGAGGUAUCGGAAUGAAGCAUCGUGGCCGUAUUGGACCUGCUGCUCUGGUCGGUAUUGGGUCCGCUGUCAUACCUGUCGAUCCAGACGACAAGGAUCGGAAUACAGUCGCCGCAGUGACGAGUGGAACGGGUGAGCAUAUGGCUACCACCAUGGCUUCGACAGUGACAGCCGAACGCCUCUUCUACAGUGUGAAGAAGACACCAACUGGAAUUGUCGAGACUGACGACGCCGAUGCGAUCAAAUCGUUCAUCGAACGUGACUUUAUAGGUGAGGCAAGCAAAGCUUAUGCUUGA